AUGAUAGAUCCGUGCAAACCAGAACCAGCUGUUGUUAUCAUCGGCGCUGGCAUGGCUGGAUUAUCAGCAGCACAUCGAUUGGCUCAAUGCGGUUUUCAAAAAUUUACAGUCUUAGAGGCGACGGAUAGACCGGGUGGUCGAAUUCACUCCUGUUGGCUGGGCGACGUGGUGGCGGAGAUGGGAGCUACGUGGAUCGAGGGUGGCUGCGUGGCGAACCCGGUGUUCACGUUGGCGGCGCAGGAGGGUCUACUGAAAUCGCCGCUCUGCCGACGACCAGAUCCGAGUCACGGGAUCUUCUGCACCAGCGAAGGCAGGGCUAUUGAUCUGCCGGUCAGCAUCACGGCGUACCAUACCUUCCGACAGAUCGAGCAGCAAGCAGCGGCCCUCUUCACUUUUGGCUGCGGUCGCAAGCACGGUACGUUGCUGAAUUUUAUGGGCAUCAGAAUCCAGCAGGAGCUGCACAACUUCCCGGAGGAGCAACGAUACGAUGCUGCGAGGGUGAUGUACGGUUUGACGAAUUGUGUGAGGUGCCAAUGCGGAGACGAUCUCUCACUCGUCUCGGCCGAUCAAUUCGGCAGCUACAUCGAAAUCCCCGGCGGCGACAUCAGAGUACCGUUGGGCUACGUAGGGGUGUUAGCGCCCUUGCUUCGCGAUCUGCCCGAUUGUUGCGUUAAGUACUGCAAACCAGUCGAGUGCAUUCGAUGGGGAGCAGCAAGUAAAACGCAUCCCCAAGCUGUCGUCAAAUGCUACGACGGCGAUGAAUUGCCUGCUGACUACGUUAUCGUCACAGUCUCACUUGGCGUCUUGAAACAACAGCACGAGAAAUUAUUCUGUCCCAAUUUAUCUGCCGAAAAGGUCGAGGCGAUCAACAAACUCGGUUACGGAUACGUUAACAAGAUCUUCCUAGAAUAUGCGAGACCCUUUUGGGUCUGGCGAGAGGGUGGCAUUAAGCUGGCUUGGUCGGCAGAAGAGCUAGCGGAUAGAGACGAUUGGGUGAAAGGUGUGACAAACAUGGAGGAGUUACCAAGUUCUCAACACGUGCUAUGCGCCUGGGUAUGCGGUCAUGAAGCAUUGGAUAUGGAGUUGUGUUCCGACGAGUUAGUGGUGGAGUCGGUAACGCGGCUUCUUCGUCAAUUCACCGGUGAUCCCACGUUGCCUUAUCCAGCUAACAUUCUGAGGAGCAAGUGGUGCAUGGAUCAAUAUUUUGCUGGGGCUUACAGUUACAUGGCGAUAGACAGUACUGUUGGCCACCAAUGCGAUUUGGCUGCUCCUUUACCAGGAUCCUGUGAUUCUCCUACACUCUUGUUUGCGGGAGAAGCUACUAUACCAGGACAUCAUAGCACGGUGCACGGUGCAAGACUCAGUGGUAUCCGUGAGGCUGAGAGAAUUAUUCAAUUGACGAAACGAUAUGGUUGCCCGCCGAAAAAAGUGCGCUCUAAGUCAUAAUUUAAUGCCAGUUAAAUGAAAAUAUGUCUGUGAAGAGAAAAAAAUAUGUUACGUGUAAUAAUGUUGAUUAUAUAGUGAUAUCUUGUAUGGAAUUUAUAUAUUGCAUUAUUUAAAAAUAGUUUUCAGAUAUAUUUUAUGAAGUUACUAAUUUCUUAUGAUGCUAUAAGAAAAUCCACUAAAUGCCAAUAUUGAGAUUCAGGUCUAUUUAGUCGAGACUCAAACCUAUUAGGCGUUUUACAAGUUUCCUGAUGAUACCGCUAAAUGGCGCCAGGUAAACUGUUGAUUAAUUAAAUUUUAGUUAAUUAAUCAAAUUUAGUUAAU